UUCAUUCGUCCUUGCACUUCUUUCUUUCCGUCGAAACACAGGCUUAGGGUUGAACGAGAAAUUGAACUACAGAAGAAGAAGCAGAGGAACAAAAGUAGUUGCCCGUUGAUUUUUUUCAUUGCGUAGAAAAAUAACGAACGUGUUUGGAUUGUGAGAAUCGGAGAGAGACGGAGGAAAAUCGGGAUCGAAAGGAAUGGAGAAAGAGAAAGGAAGAGAAAAUUGGAGCGAAGAGGUGGAAGACCUGGUAGAAGCAGGGGAAGUGGAAGGUGCCAUCACACUCCUUGAAUCGGUCGUCCAAACCCUAAACCCUUCCGAAUCGCUUCAAUUAGCCUCUGCUCUCUCCGAAUUGGCCAACCUUUACUCCUCCAAAGGCUUCUCUCUCAAAGCCGAUCAACUUCAAUCUCGCGCUUACCUCCUCAAACAGUUUCACCAUUCUCACUCUCCCGGUGAACGAGUGGUGAAAGAUUCGAAGGAGGAGGUGGUUGUUAAACCAAGCAAUGUUGGUUUGUCUUCAGAGGAUUCGAAUCGCGCUUCGCUUCUCUCUGAAGGUCGUCUUGAAAAGCGUGAGGAAUUGGUUUCUUCCGAUGAAGACUGGGAAGCAAUGGCUGAUCGCGAACCUGAUGAGUUACUGCCCACAGUACUGUCGUCAGAUUGUUUAUCCGGAAUAUCAAAUCUUAAAUUAGAGAACACCAAAAGUCAAAACCCAAAGCGGCGUGGAAGAGGAACAUUCUCGUAUGAAAAACAAGAACUUUAUAGUGAUCAGUUACUUGAUCGCUCGGUCAUUGAUGUUGAGCAUGAAGAGACUCACUGUAGUUCAGAAGACAAAAGAGAGAUGCAAAACUCAAAAUAUGGGACCAGUCAUGUUCUUGUGCUUGCUGACUUUUCACCAAGUACAAGGACAACAGAGCUGGAAAAGCUUUUUGAGGACUUCAAAGAUCGUGGAUUUGUGAUUCGCUGGGUCAAUGAUACAGUUGCACUUGCAGUAUUCCGAACACCUUCAGUUGCACUUGAGGCUCGAAAUAGUGUUCGUUGUUCAUUCACAGUGAGGAUACUUGAUGAAGAUGAUACACUUCUUAGUUUAAUUAAAGCGAGAGACCUGGAACCGCCACGACAAAGACCAAAAACUUCAGCCCAAGCAGCGCAGAGGCUGAUUGCUCACGGUAUGGGGUUAAAAUUGGGUUCAACAAGCGUUGGAUCCCGAGAAUAUAGGAAGCAAGAAGACGCUCGGAGAGAACGUAUUAUUACCAGGCAAAAAUUAAGAGACGAGGCUUGGGGUGACGAUUAAUAUCUUAUAGUACUGCUUUAAUUGUUUUAACCUGUAACCUCAUUUUCCGAAGCCCAGAGAGAGAGAUAGAUAUUUCAUCACUAAUUGGUUAUUGUAUUCUACGGUGUUCAUCCAAGAUAGCCUUAAUUUC